GCUCUUCACCGAAAUAGGCUCCUGACUUUUUUCCUAAAGACCAAAAUGUCCCUUUAACAAAAUUUAACUCCUCGCAAAAUGUCUCGCCAAUCUCCACAGCCGCAGCUUCUGCGUCGGCGGUGGCCACAUCUAUCUCCGUUCGUCUAGUUUAUUCCAGGUUGGCUAGUUAAACAAGAGUGUUUUAGCUAGCGCCGCACGGCCCUUCACUACGGUGCGAAAAUAGUCGGACCGUGACACUCUGCAAUAAUAGGAGCCACAAAGACAGUUAUAAAAGGUGCCAAGGUUGUACACAAACAAGAGUAGGGGAACUCUUUGAAGUUAUUGCAGAACAUAAAUCUGAAGUCAUGAACAACAUCGAAUAUCAAAAGACGAACAACGGUGAAGGAAGACGAUUGGAUGAAGAAGCAGGAGAAGAAGAGGAAGAUGAAGAUGAGGCAAAUGGGCAAGGUCUUGAUGCAUGGGAGAGGGCUUAUGCAGAUGAGAGAUCAUGGGAGUCCUUGCAAGAAGAUGAGUCUGGACUGCUUUGCCCUGUUGACAACAAGACCCUCUUCCAUGCUCAGUAUCGUCGGCGUCUCCGCUCCCUCUCCUCCACUGCAACUGCUGCUCGAAUUCAAAAGGGCCUUAUUCGCUAUCUCUAUAUAGUUAUUGAUCUCUCAAGGGCAGCAGCGGAGAUGGAUUUCCGUCCAAGCCGAAUGGUUGUGGUUGCUAAACAUGUGGAGGCUUUCAUUAGGGAAUUCUUUGACCAGAAUCCACUUAGCCAGAUUGGCCUUGUAACUAUAAAAGAUGGUGUUGCCCAUUUAUUAACAGAUCUUGGUGGCAGUCCUGAUUCCCAUGUUAGAGCUUUGAUGGGUAAGUUAGAGUGCUCCGGUGAUUCCUCUCUGCAAAAUGCUUUGGAUCUCGUUCAUGGGUAUCUAAAUCAAAUACCAUCUUAUGGUCACCGUGAAGUUUUAAUAUUGUAUUCGGCUCUCAGUACAUGUGAUCCAGGGGAUAUAAUGGAGAGCAUUCUGAGGUGCAAAAAAUCUAAAAUAAGGUGCUCUAUUAUUGGGCUCUCAGCAGAGAUUUUUAUUUGCAAACAUCUUUGCCAAGAAACUGGUGGAUCAUACUCUGUUGCAUUGGAUGAGUCCCAUUUUAAAGAGUUAUUGCUGGAGUAUGCACCUCCACCUCCUGCGAUAGCGGAAUUUGCAAUCGCUAGUUUGAUAAAGAUGGGAUUUCCACAGAGAGCAGCAGAGGGUGUUAUCUCAAUAUGCUCUUGUCAUAAAGAGGCCAAGACUGGGGGAGGCUACACCUGCCCAAGAUGCAAAGCACGUGUGUGCGAGCUACCCACAGAGUGCCGAAUUUGUGGACUGACACUUGUUUCUUCCCCCCAUUUGGCAAGGUCGUAUCAUCAUCUCUUCCCUAUAACACUCUUUGAUGACGUAUCUCCGUUGCUGUUAAAUAAUCCACAAAAUAGGUUACCAAGAAGCUGCUUUGGUUGCCAGCAAAGUCUUGCGAACCCUGGAAAUAAACCAAGCCUUUGUGUGGCCUGUCCAAAAUGCAAACAGAACUUCUGCCUUGAUUGUGACAUUUAUAUUCACGAGAGCUUGCACAACUGCCCUGGCUGCGAAAGCUUCAGGCAUACAAAGACACAACAGUGACUGAAGAAUGAAGUGGGAAAAGAUGGAUUUCUCAUGAAAGCUCCAAGCCAGUGAGGAGCUCACGAGGUUCAAGAGUAGCUGGCAGACCCAGACCCAGACCAAGUACCAGCUUUCCAUUACCAGCAGCACAUCGGAUACGGGCUUUGAACCAGUCGUUGAAUGUGGGGGACGUUAGAGCAUUCAAUACAUGAAACAUUAUUUCCUGCCCUGCCAUUGAAAAUAAAUUUUUUUUUUUUCUGCAAUGGCAUUAACAUGACAUCAGGCUGUUAUAAUUAUAUGUGCAAAUGAAAUUUUUAACACCUCUAAUUUUA